UUUACCCAAAAACGAAUAUUAUUACCAAAAAAUGUUAACUGAAUUCUCACUCCACGCGUUUUCAACGCGGCGUUUACACUUCGAGAUAUACUUAUAUAUAUAAUUAUAAUACAUACAGAAGCCGCAAUCCGCCACCACCACUCGCCCCCAUCGGAAAAAAAACAAAAACCCUAAUUUCUGCUGUAAUUAAAUUAAUGGAGAAAAUGGAAAAGCCAGAAGAAUUCGAGAAGGUGUUCAGCAAGUUCGACGCGAACGGCGACGGGAAGAUCAGCUCCGCCGAGCUCGGCGCCGUUCUGAACGGGCUCGGCUCCAAAACCUCCGACGAGGAGGUGGCGCGUAUGAUGACGGAGCUGGACACCGACGGGGACGGCUUCAUCGACAUAGUGGAGUUCAGGAAAUUCAACCGCGGUGGCGACGCCGACGCCGACGCCGAGCUGAAGGAGGCGUUCGACAUGUACGACAAGGAUAAGAACGGCCAGAUCUCGGCGAGUGAGCUGCACGCGGUGCUCAGGACGCUGGGGGAGAACUGCUCCGUCAAGGACUGCGGCAGAAUGAUCGAAUCAUUCGACGUCGACGGCGAUGGAUCGAUUAACUUCGACGAGUUUAAGAAGAUGAUGACCGGUGGUGGCUGAUUCUUCUUCGUCUCCAUAUAGUUUUCUCUCUCCUCUCUCUAAUUUUUUUCAAAUGUAAUUUUCUUUUUUAGGAUUUUAUUUUUUCCUUUUUUGUCUGCUUUCUGAUUGGGUGGCUGUUAUUAUAUGAUUAUUCUAACUGUUCUUGUUUCUAUAA